CGCGCCAUGGCGAUCGCAAGGCAAGUGCUUUGUGUCUGUGCUUUCCUCUCGCUGCCGCACGCUGGCGCCGAGCCCAUCCGCUACUCCGUAGCCGAGGAGGCGGAAAGCGGCUCCCUGGUCGGCAAGCUGGCCGAGGACGCGGGGCUGACGCCGGCGCAGCUCUCGGCUCGCCGCGCCCGCCUGGUGUCGGACGACGGCCGGCAGCAUUUUCGCUUAGACCGCGCCUCCGGCCGCCUCGUCGUGGCGGGGAGGCUGGACCGGGAGGAGCUGUGCGGCCAGGCCGCCAGCUGCAUGCUCCCCUUCGAGCUGCUGCUCGCCGAGCCGCUGCAGUUCUUCCGGGUCGAGGUGGCUCUGGAGGAUAUCAAUGACCAUUCACCUCUUUUCCCCGAGGAACGGGUCAGUUUUGACAUCGUGGAAAGGAGCGACCCGGGUUCUCGAUUCCCGCUGGAGGUCGCUCGGGACCUCGAUAUUGGCAGCAACACAGUCCAGGCAUACAGCAUCUCUCCUGAGAACGAGUAUUUCAGUGUCUCCUAUGGGACUCGGCUUACAGGCAAGAAGUAUCUAGAACUGGUCUUGGAAAAACCUUUAGACAGAGAGGAGCAGGCAGAGAUGAGUUUCAGUGUUAUUGCAGAAGAUGGGGGCUCUCCUUCCAGGAGUGGCACCACACAAAUAAAAAUUAUCAUUCUAGAUGUAAAUGACAAUGCUCCAGUCUUCUCAGAGGAGGUGUACAUUGGACAGGUUUUGGAGAACAUGCCAGAAGGUUCUGUGGUUCUGACUGUGCUGGCCACUGAUCAGGAUGCAGGAGUUAAUGGGGACAUUUCCUAUCAACUGAGCCAAGCAGUGGGACAGGGUGACUCAGCAUUUGUGAUUGAUCCCAAAACUGGUGAAAUUAAACUCACAAAACCUCUGGACUACGAGGCAGCAGCAACUCAUGAGCUCAGUGUGCGGGCCAGAGAUGGAGGGGGCCUUUCAGCAAUCUGCAAGGUGUUGGUGGAGGUGGUGGAUGUGAAUGACAAUGCCCCAGAGCUGGUGGUCAGUUCCUUCAGCAGUCCCCUCCCCGAGAACACAGUGCCCGGCACAGUGGUUGCCCUGUUCUCGGUCAGGGACCGGGAUUCUGGUGCCAACGGGAAGAUCUCGUGUGCCCUGGAGGAUCAGCUCCUCUUCUCCCUGCGGCCAGCCUAUAAGAAUUACUACGAGCUGGUGACAGUGAGCGCGCUGGACCGCGAGGAGACGGCUCAGUACGUGCUGAGUGUCACAGCAGCAGAUGCGGGGUCGCCUCCUCUCACGACCACGCAGACCUUCACCGUGGACGUCUCGGACGUCAACGACAACGCGCCCGUCUUCAGCCAGACGUCCUACACCAUGUACGUGCGUGAGAACAACGUCCCCACGGUGUUUGUUGGAGCGGUCAGUGCUGCGGACGCUGACGUGGGGCUCAAUGCCAAGGUGACCUAUUCCCUGGCCCCGGCGCAGGCGGCAGAGCGGCCCCGGUGCUCCUGCAUCUCGGUGAACUCUGAGAACGGACACGUGUUUGUGCUGCGGCCCCUGGACUACGAGCACUUGCGGCAGACCGAGGUGACGGUCGUGGCCUCUGACGCGGGCUCUCCUCCGCUCAGAGCCAACGUCACCGUGCGCCUCGUCGUGCUGGACGAGAAUGACAACGCGCCGCUGGUGCUGUACCCAGGCCAGGAGAGCGGCGCGGCGUCCAGCGAGCUGGUGCCCGUGUCGGCUGAGGCGGGCUACCUCAUCACCAAAGUGGUGGCCGUCGACGCCGACUCCGGCCAGAACUCCUGGCUCUCCUACCACCUGCUGAGGGCCACCGAGCCCGGGCUGUUCACCGUGGCUGUCCAAAGCGGGGAGGUGCGUCUCAGGAGGCCGGUGACAGACAGGGACAGCGUGAAGCAGAAGCUCGUUGUCCUGGUCCGAGACAACGGCCAGCCCCCGCUGUCAGCCACCGCAGCUCUGAGCGCGCUGCUGCUCAAGGACUUCUCAGACGUGCGCCUCCCGCACAGCAGCGCGGCCACGGAGGAGCAGGACGGCUCCCUGACCACCUACUUAAUCAUCUCCCUGGUCUUUGUCUCACUCCUCUUCCUCAUCUCCGCCGCCGUCUUUGUGGCUCGCAAGGUGUGCAGGAGAAAGGAGCUGCAGGCCGGCCAUGUGCUUUAUGGUGCCGACAACUUGCAGAGCGGCCUGGCCGAUGCAGCCGCUGCAGGGACCCUGCCCCGCGCCUACUGCUACGAGAUCAGCCUCACAACGGGCUCGGGCAACAGCGAGUUCAAAUUCCUCAAGCCCAUCCUCCCCAGCCUGCCACCACAGCACUGUGCCACGGGCCAGGGCCCCGAGGAGGGACAGGAUUUCCCCUGUGUCCCUGUCAGCACAGAGGACAUGGCACCAGACAAUCCUGGGACUCUCUCUGCACGACAGUUCAACGCUCUUUCCUUCGACUAGCCGGGCACUGCACAGACAGAGGCUUCAAUGCUCCUGGGAGGAGGGGAUCCAGGCUGCAGCAUGUGGCAAUGCUUUCUCCUGAGUAAAUCUGUAUUUGCAAUUGGUUUAACCAACGUCCUGCAAAUUUUAUUGAGAAUAAAUAUCUGCCACUUUAAAAAACAGUGAAGGAAAUAAAAGAAGCCAAGGUUCUCUCAUUUAGUUAGCAAUGAGUUUCAUCUCUGUUUCUGCCAUUUCCCGUAGGCUUUAAGUAUGUGGCUGGCACUCCCAGCUAUGGUCUUGUUUCUCUUGCUGUCUGAGAAGACAGAAGAUGUUUUUAUUCUGCGUUUUAAGACAAUGUCAUGGCCAAAAAGUCAUCUGAAUUGAAAUUGAAAAAAUACUUUUUCCCAGCUCUGCAAAGCAAGGAAGCCUUGAGCGCUGAGUCACAAUGUCAGGUGAGCACUAUGCCCUUUCUUCCCCGGCUUCUGGAUGUCUCUAUCUGAGAUGUGAGCUCUGUGUGCUUUGCUUUCUUGUCCCUGAGUUUGUCUGUGCAGACACUGACUAUCUGCAGAUGAUUCCAUAGUGCUGCCUGCUGAAGCAGGGAGUUGCUCCCACCCAGCCAUGGCCACACAGGCAAGGCCAGCUCCGCAGGGAAGGAGCUGAUUCGGGCCCUUUUGGAACAGCAGUCUCGUCUUCCUUGUCUCGCUCAGAGUAGAGCAGCAAAAUGCACAACAGAAUCUUCCUUUGAUGUACCAGAAGUGCUUGGGUGUUCUGUCACCUCAGGAUUGCCUUGGAAAUACAGCAGCACAAACAUUGUUAGGAGAGACUGUAACUGAACAGAGUUGUAGAAACAAGUUCAUUGUCAUUGUGUGCAUUGAAGGAAGACUCCACAAAUACUAAAAGACAAUCAUUGGAACUUAGAUUCAAGAAGAACUUUUAAACUAGCAUUAAAUUUGGUCUUUUCAUUGUUGUUCCUGAAUCCCAUGGCUUCCUGAUGGGAGAGGAAAACUGUCUCCACAAGAUUUUCUGCAUUUGUGCUAGACCAUUUUCAUUCCCAUGUUUGCCCUUUCUCCUUCUGCUCUCUGAAGUGUCCUGAGCAUUGUACCGAGCCUAUUCUUCUAGAGCAGGACUGCCACUUGAUCUGUAACAUCUGUUUAUUUGAAUGAUGUCUGUGAUGCAUGAAAUACUCAGAAAGCCUUCCUCACGCUGAGUUGUGCUGAUGUUUUAUAGUUUAACCUUGUAAAUUGGUGUAACUCUGGGCGUAGAAACUGAAAUAAAGGGAACAGCCUGACUGCUUUUGUUUAGACAGGAUUCUUUGCAGCGGCGUUCUUUCUGGGAGAUGUCUUUCACGGCUUUUUAAAAUUCUGAGAGUCUUGUUCUCAAUUUGUGCCUUCUCUGAAGCAAUAUUUGAUGGGUACAGCUCCUGGUUGUGGACAUGCAGCCAGUAAGGGAGUGUUCACUGCCAUGCCUGUGCUGUGACCACUGCACUAUCCCUGCUCGGUUUCUGCUGAUGAGGGAUGAAGCUCUGUCCCUCUGGGCUGAGCCUUCAUUUUAAGCUGACCUGAGAAAAGCUGUGUUCUUUCCAAGAGGCUUAAAGUAUGUAGUCAGAACUCCCAGCUGUGCUCUUGUUUAUCUUGCUGUCCGAAAAGACUGAAGAUCUUUUACUUUGAGCUUUAAGGCAAUGUCACAACAAACUAUACCCUCACUGAAAUGCAAAAUACAUUUUCCCAGUUCUGCAAAGCAAGGAAGUUACGAAUACUGAGUCACAAUGUCAUGUGACCACCAGGCCCUUUCUUCCCUGGCUUCUGGAUGUGUCUGCUGAGAUGUGAGCUCUGUGUGCUUUGCUUUCUUGUCCCUGAGUUUGUCUGUGCAGACACUGACUAUCUGCAGAUGAUUCCAUAGUGCUGCCUGCUGAAGCAGGGAGUUGCUCCCACCCAGCCAUGGCCACACAGGCAAGGCCAGCUCCGCAGGGAAGGAGGUGAUUCGGGCCCUUUUGGAACAGCAGUCUCGUCUUCCUUGUCUCGCUCAGAGUAGAGAAGCAAAAUGCACAACAGAAUCUUCCUUUGAUGUACCAGAAGUGCUUGGGUGUUCUGUCACCUCAGGCUUGCCUUGGAAAUACAGCAGCACAAACAUUGUUAGGAGAGACUGUAACUGAACAGAGUUGUCGAAACAAGUUCAUUGUCAUUGUGUGCAUUGAAGGAAACUCCAUAAAUACUAAAAGACAAUCAUUGGAACUUAGAUUCAAGAAGAACUUUUAAACUAACAUGAAAUUUGGUCUUUUCAUUGUUGUUCCUUAAUCCAAAGGCAUCCUGAUGGGAAUAGAAACUGUCUCCACAUGAUUUUCUGUGUUUGUGUUAGAGCAUUUGAAUUCCAUGUUUGCCCUUUCUCCUUCUGCUAUCUGAAAUUUCCUGAGCAUUGUAGCGAGCCUAUUCUUCUAGAGCAGGACUGCCACUUGAUCUAUAACAUCUGUUUAUUUGAAUGAUGUCUGUGAUGCAUGAAAUACUGGGAAAGCCUCCCUCAGACUGAGUUGUGCUGAUGUUUUACAGUUUAACGUUGUAAAUUGGUAUAACUCUGGGCUUAGAAACUGA